UCCAUGGAUGACGAAUGACUGGAAUACAUGAUGGAGGCGGGAACACUGCUCUGUCCCGGCCUACUGAGGAGGAUGUCGCUGCGGUCAUGGAUCCCAGACAGAUCGCGUAUCACAGUGCAAUAGCAAAUAACUUGAAAGCAAGGAAAUGCAUAGACCCCGUUUAUAAAUAAGAGGUGCAUUUUUUCAAACACACGUAUAUUUAACUUUUCGUUUAAAACAGUAGCACUUUAUCUCGUUUAUGUGCGAGCGAGCUAUGGAUGUGCAGGUCGCAGACCGCAGCAGCAUCAAGUCUGCGCCGCAAACAAACAGCCCGCAGAAUAACGCAGCAGAAAGUGGGACACAAAAUGCACCAAAGAAGAGGAGAAGAGGCAAAAGGGGGAAGAGACGGAGGGGCAAGAAGGCCAACGAGCCUCCGCCGUUUUUACCACCGGAGGCUGAAGAGGGAAACAUUGAAUACAAGUUGAAGCUAGUGAACCCUACACAGUAUCGAUUCGAGCACUUGGCCACUCAGUUGAAAUGGCGACUUCAGGAGGGCCGUGGGGAGGCGGUGUAUCAGAUUGGGGUGGAGGAUAACGGUCUGCUGGUUGGACUGACAGAGGAAGAUAUGAAAGCAUCACUGAAGACCCUUCGCAGAAUGGCCGAGAAGGUUGGAGCUGAUAUCACACUCCUCAGAGAGAGGGAGGUGGAUUGUGAUCGAGCUAGACGGAAAAUCGCAGAAGUUCUUGUGCGGAAAGUGCCAGAUGACCAGCAGUUCCUGGAUCUGCGUGUGGCUGUUCUGGGUAACGUGGACUCAGGGAAGUCGACUCUGCUGGGCGUGUUGACUCAGGGCGAGCUGGAUAACGGGCGAGGCAGGGCGAGACUCAACCUCUUCAGACACCUGCAUGAGAUUCAAACCGGCCGGACGUCCAGCAUCAGUUUCGAGAUCCUCGGCUUCAACAGCAAAGGAGAGGUUGUAAAUUAUAGCGAUUCACAUACAGCAGAGGAGAUCUGUGAGAGCUCUUCAAAAAUGAUCACAUUUAUUGAUCUGGCUGGUCAUUAUAAGUACUUGAAGACCACCAUAUUUGGCUUGACAAGCUACUGCCCAGACUUUGCCAUGCUGGUGGUAGGGGCAAACACUGGCAUUGCUGGCACAACAAGGGAGCACCUGGGUUUGGCUAUGGCGCUGAAGGUGCCUAUAUUCAUUGUGGUGAGUAAGGUGGACCUGUGCGGCAAAAGCACUGUGGAAAAAACCGUCCGUCAGCUGGAGAGAGUUCUCAAACAGCCCGGCUGCAAUAAGGUCCCCAUGGUGGUGGCAAACCCUGAUGAUGCUGUCACCGCUGCACAGCAGUUUGCACAAUCCUCCAGUGUGACGCCCAUCUUCACCCUCUCCAGUGUAUCUGGGGAGAAUCUGGACCUUCUAAAGGCCUUCUUCAAUAUUCUGCCUCCUCUAAGCAACAGCAAAGAGCAGGAGGAACUAAUGCAGCAGCUUACGGAGUUCCAGGUAGAUGAGAUUUACAGUGUUCCUGAUGUAGGGACAGUAGUUGGUGGAACGCUUUACAGUGGUGUCUGUCGUGAGGGAGACCGGUUGGUCGUGGGCCCUACAGAUGAUGGUAGGUUCUUGAGGUUGAAAGUAUGCAGUAUUCACAGAAAUCGCUCUGGAUGCCGUGUGCUAAGAGCUGGACAGGCCGCCACACUCGCUCUGGGGAACUUUGAUCGCUCAUUACUACGAAAGGGCAUGGUAAUGGUGAGUCCUAAGAUGAACCCUACGAUCUGCUGGCAGUUUGAAGCUGCGAUCGUUCUCCUGUUCCACGCCAAGACGUUCCGCCGUGGUUUCCAGGUCACGGUGCACGUGGGGAACGUGAGGCAGACUGCAACAGUGGAGUGCCUCCUUGGGAAGGAGGAGCUACGUACAGGAGAGAGAGCCGUAGUGUGCUUCAGAUUCUUAAAGCACCCUGAGUACUUGCGUGUGGGAGCAAAGCUCCUCUUCAGGGAGGGGGUGACCAAAGGCAUCGGACAUGUGACGCACCUCCUGCCCUCCACACAGAACCAUGUGCCUGACCAGAACCACAACCAGAAUCACAAUUAAAUACUCUAUAAGUCCAAAGAGGACACUCGACUGCAGUCACUUCCUGUCCUUGCCUUGAGUUUGCAUACCCUAGUUUUAUCAUGCACCUUUCAUUUCCACACUCAGAUUACAGAGAGGCCGUACUACUUUUAUCAUAGAUUUGCCUGUAUUAAUCGCAGAUUUGCCUGUGUGUAAAUGCUCUUGGCUUUUGUGAGGUUUACACACAUAGAAUAUAUAUGAGGGCAUAUCAUGCAACCUGUCCAUGUUGGCAUAAUUUGACUACCUUCUACCAAGUGAGAGAUGAAUUUGUGCCAAAAUACGGUAGAGUUGGAUUGGCAGCACAAUCUUUGACGUCAACGAUAAAAGAUGAUCAAAAACGUUUUCUUCUGAAAAGCUGAUUAGCAAUCCUAAAUAUACAGGACUAUAUGUUUAAAUUUAGCCUACCAGUUGAAAACCACUGGAUAAGAGUAUAAUAUACGGAGUGUAAUGGAGCUCGGAAACCUUACACAUGUGCAGGUUUCACAUCUUAAGUUAAAGCUGUUUGACCUUGAGUAAAGCAUGUGGGAUUUUGAGUCACUAAGCUGUGGUCUUAGCUGGGUAUCUAGAGCAGAUUGUUAAACGAACACUUCUCUCUACAGCCUGCAUUACAGAUAUAAGAACAUAAUCGUAGCAUUUAUUUGAUUGAGAAAUUUUCAAUUGGUCAAUUCCGUAAACUUCCUCAGAUUCUUAGUUACCCUCGUAGAAUUGGUGCAUACCUCAGAUUCAUAUUGUAUUUUAUGAAGAUUUUCACAGGACAGUCAUAAGCAAAAAUCUCAGACACAGUACACACCAUUUUUAUUUUAAUGUGAACAAAAAUGAGGCUGAGAGGGGCAGAAAUACAGUCUAGAAAACAGGGUGACAAUCUUUUAGUUGAUUAAAUUUUGAAAAUACUUUUUGCACAAAUUUAAAUGUAAAAAAUGGAAAACAUUUGUCGUAAACAUUAGACAUACAUACGACCUCAAGACGACCCCAGGAAAGAUUUAUACAGAAAUCCAUUGCAUUGCGACAAUUUACGCAAGAAUGGUUUAAUGAACUAUUUACAUGAAUACGCUGCAUUGUGAAAAUUUACUUAAAAAUGGUUUUACAAACUAUUUAGAUUAAUGCGUUGUAUAGUGACAAUUAACACAAGAAUGGUUUAACGUAUGAUUUACACAGAAAUGUGUUGCAUUGCGACAAUUAACAAGAAUGGUUUUUCAAACGAUUUACACGGAAAUGUGUUGCAUUGCGUCAAUUUACGUAAAAAUAGUUUUACGAACUAUUUACAUGAAUGUGUUCCAUUGUGACAAUUAAUGCAAGAAUGGUUUUAUGUAUGAUUUACACAGAAAUGCAUACAUAAAAAUAGUUUUCCGAACUAUUUACACGAAUGCGUUCCAUUGUGAAAAUUUACGCAAGAAUGGUUUAACGAACUAUUUACACGAAUACGUUGCAUUGCGACAAUUUACUUAAAAAUGGUUUUACAAACUAUUUAGAUGAAUGCGUUGCAUUGUGACAAUUAACGCAAAAAUGGUUUAACGUAUGAUUUACACAGAAAUGUGUUGCAUUGCGACAAUUAACAAGAAUGGUUUUUCAAACGAUUUACACAGAAAUGUUGCAUUACAUCAAUUUACGUAAAAAUAGUUUUACGAACUAUUUACACGAAUGUGUUCCAUUGUGACAAUUAAU